AUGUCUUCAAAUUCGAAAAGAGGCAAAGUCGCCACAUCGCGAUCAUUGAGGUCGAAAAAAAGAAAGUUUCACGACAAUCCGUCCACGGAUAAAAGCAGUACAGCUGUGGAAGAAAGAUUAUCAUCUCACGAUUUGCCGAUAUUGGAAAUAUGUGUUGAUAGUAUUACGUCAAUCAGAAACGCAAUAGAUGGUGGAGCUAAUCGUUUAGAGCUAUGCAGUGCCUUGUCAGAAGGUGGCCUCACUCCAAGUCUCGGUUUGCUGACGAUGGCCAAACGCAUUUCAUCCGUCCCAAUUUUUGCAAUGCUACGCGUUAGAGGUGGAAACUUUGUUUACACGCAAGAAGAAAUCGACGCUAUGCUGAUCGAUCUGCACGAGUUCAAAGGUGCUGGUGUCGAUGGUUUUGUUUUUGGAGCUCUGACGAGUGACAACCUGUUGGACGUAGUUUUGUGCCGUAAAAUAGUCGAAGCAGCCGGUCCACUACCGGUCACUUUUCAUCGAGCCUUCGACGAAGUGGUCGAUCCGAUUUUAGCCAUGGAAAACCUUAUAAAGCUCGGAUUUAAGAGGAUUUUGACAUCAGGUCAGAAAAAUUCGGCAAUCGAGGGCUCCGAUCUCAUUAAAACAUUGGUGGACCGGUCGGACGGUAAAAUAAUCGUGAUGCCUGGCGCUGGUCUGACGAGCGAAAAUAUUGCCGGUUUAAGGGAUCAGACAUCAGCUGUGGAGUUUCACGGAUCGGCUAAAAAAGUGGAAAAUACUGGCAGUGGUGUGGCCCACGANUGGUAG